GUAAAAGGAGGUACUUCCUCAAAAAGCUAGUACAUAAAGCAGAUGUGUGUUAAACAAUUUCAGACCACGUACAAAACCUUGCAUGCUACAAAAGCGACUUUAAAACUUCUCCUGAGCUCACUUCAAGGCAGUAUGCUUAAGUCUUGGUUAGUGUUGGUCCUGCUGCUGGCCUCUGCAGUAAGCCGUCCUCUGGAUUCCUCACUGGAUGCAUCAUGGAAAAAGUGGAAACAUACUUUUGGCAAGGAAUACAAAAGCCCGGCUGAGGAGGCUUUUCGUAGGGGCAUCUGGGAGAAGACCUUGAGAUAUAUUGAGCGCCAUAAUCGAGAGUAUGAACAGGGCCUACACACCUUUACUGUGGGCUUAAACCAAUUUGCAGACAUGAGACCAGGCGAAAUUUGUUGAAGUUGCUGGGUCUCCAGGAUCUUAUGAUUCGGACAGUGAUCCCAUGAAUCCCUACUCAUCUUUCCCAAAGUCUGAUGUUAUUUUACAACAUUUUUUUUUUCUGAAAUUUUUAGUAAAAGUCUGAAUAGUACACUUUUGCAAAAAAAAAAA